AUGGUUCUCGAAAACGAGAAAGACGUAGAACAGGCCACAGGCCCCGGGCCUGCCUCGCCCGGUGCCGAUGUCGACAGCUCGGACAGCAGCGCCAGCACCGGCGCGCCCGUCAAGUUCAUGGGCUCCAUGGGCCACAAGCUCACCAUGAUGCAGACCAUCUUCAUCGUCGCGCCCUCCUUCAUCUGCUUCGGGUACAACCAGGCUGGCCUGGGCGGCUUGAUCACACUGGAGGACUGGGCCAAGACCUUCCCCGAGAUCGACACGGUCAACACCAAGGGCACCGAGAAGAGCGCCCACUCCACCCUGCAAGGCUUCGUCGUCGCUACCUUCGUUAUCGGCGCCUUGAUCGGCGCCCUGUCCUGCUCGUGGUCUGGUGAUAAGUUCGGCCGCCGCAAUGUCAUCUUCGUCGCCGGUAUCGCCUCCCUCAUUGGUAUCAUCCUCGAGGCCUCCUCCUUCAGCCUCGCCCAGCUCAUCGUCGGCCGCAUCCUGGUGGGCUUCGGUGUCGGCCAAUUGAGCUCCAUCGUCCCGGUCUGGCAGAGUGAGACGGCUGGCGCCAAGAACCGUGGGCGACAUGUUGUUAUUGACGGACUGUUCAUCUGCGUGGGAUACACGCUCGAGUCGUGGAUCAACCUCGGCUUCUUCGAGUUCAAGACCGGCCCUGUCACUUGGCGUCCACCAAUUGCCAUCGCUGUCGUCUUCUCGACCGUGAUUGCUUCAGCUGUCUACUUCCUCCCCGAGUCGCCCCGAUGGCUCGUGAUGAAGAACAGGACAGAGGAGGCCCGCCGUGUCAUCGCGGCCUUCAGGGCCAAGCCCGUGGAUGCCAUCGAGGUUCAGGCCGAGCUUCAGGGCAUUGAGUACUCGCUCGAGGAGAAGACCGGCCACAAGGUCAAGUUGACCGACAUUCUCUCUAUGGGAGAGGACAAGCUUCUCUACCGGUUCGGCCUCUGCAUGUUGCUGCAAUUCUAUCAGCAGAUGUCGGGUACCAACCUCAUCUCUGUGUACGCAACCAUCAUCUUCCAGUCCAACCUGGGCAUGUCCUCGGAGAACGCCCGCGCCCUUACUGGCGGCGCGCUGACUUGGAAGUUCUUGUCUUCCUUCAUCGCUUUCUUCACCAUUGACCGCCUUGGGCGCCGUGCCGUCUUCAUGAUCUCUGGAGCGGGUAUGUGCUGUUGCAUGAUAGCAUUGGCGGUCACCACGUCCUUCGGCUCCGAGAACCAGCCUGCCCAAAUCGCCGCCGGCGUGUUCAUCUACCUCUUCAACAUGUUCGUGCCUAUUGGCUUCCUCGGCGCCAACUUCCUGUACUGUACUGAGGUCGCACCAAUCCGUCUCCGGAUGGCCAUGUCUUCGAUCUCUACGGCCAACCAUUGGCUCUGGAACUUCGUCAUCGUCAUGAUAACCCCAGUCGCGAUCGACACCAUCGGAUGGAAGUACUACAUCGUCUUCGCCGUGAUCUGCUUCUGCGUCCCCAUCAGCGUCUAUCUCUUCUACCCCGAGACGAUGGGCCGCAACCUCGAGGAGAUCGAUAUGAUGUUCAAGGACUCGCCCUCCAUCUGGGCCACGGUCAAGUUCGCCCAGAGCAGGCCGAUCGGCAUGCCGACAGAGUUCGUCCAGGACAAGUCGAAGCAUGCCACGGACCAUGUCGAAUAA